AUGGGAAAGUCUCAAUCCAAACUCUCCUCUGAAGAGCUCGCCGAGCUCCAAAAGAACACUUACUUCGACAAGAAGGAGCUCCAACAAUGGUACAAGGGAUUCCUCAAGGACUGUCCCAGCGGCCAGCUGAACAAGGAAGAGUUCAAGAAGAUCUAUCGUCAAUUCUUCCCAUUCGGCGAUCCGAGUCAAUUCGCAGACUAUGUGUUCAAUGUGUUUGACGAAGACAAAUCCGGCACAAUAGAAUUCAAAGAAUUCAUCUGCGCCCUCUCCGUCACCUCUCGUGGUCGUCUCGACGAAAAGCUCAAAUGGGCUUUCCAACUGUACGACAUCAACCAAGACGGGUUCAUCACCUACGAUGAGAUGCUGCAGAUUGUGAGGUCGAUAUACAAGAUGACUGGGCAGAUGGUGCAGUUGCCCGAGGAUGAGGACACGCCCGAAAAGCGAGUGGACAAGAUCUUCCGCAACAUGGAUGUCAACAAGGACCACCAGUUGACUUACGACGAGUUCAAGGAGGGAUCCAAGCUCGACCCCACAAUCGCGUUGUCGUUGUACGAUGGUUUGGUGUAA